CAGCGGCGCCGACGAGAACGGCCCCACCGGGGAGCUCCAGAGCCUCGCGCGCGGUCUGCUGCUCCAGCACAACUCCUCGCAUAUGUCGGCGGCCAGAUGCGACGACUUCACGGCCAUCGUGCUCGAGCACGUCGCCGAGAUCGAGGCGAUGAAGCCGGAGCAGGGCGAUGCAGAGUACACAAUCAAGAACAACAUGGGCUUGAUGGGGUCUCCGAUGAGCGUCGCCCGCAGGGUGGGUCACGCGCCGCUCACCAAGGCCAUCUUGGCCAAGACGGUGCUCGCGAAGGAGCAGGCGCAGAAGCACGGGAAAGCGAUUUCGCACGCUGUGAGUUACGUGUGCGCCAAGGAGCGCAACAUGGCGACAGCGCCUGCGAGAUCCUCGUCGCGCGCGGACAUCUACAGCGCGCACGGGCGCGGCUCGCCGCGCAGGCUCGUGAAGCAGACGCCCGAGAAGAAGAAAGGGGCGCCGGCCUGCGUGGACUUGGUCGCGCGCGCGCCCGUUGUAUUCCGCCAGGACACAUCCACUUUGAAGGGGCACGUGGACUAUGAUUCCUUCGUGUACGUUAUCGAGGGCGCUUCGGGGAGGCGCGAGUACCUUCUGGUGCGCGGCGACAGAGGCUUCUGCAUGGCAGACCUCGGAGGCGGCGAGAUGGCCCACGUGUGCACAGAGAUGCCGAAUCUCCUGCUCGACGAGAAGGAGAAGAUGCUGGCCGAGCGGGCUUCCAGGGAUAAAGCCAAGGCGGCCGCCAUGGCGAGGCCACGCGACGAGGAGUACGAUGUCGAGGAUUUGCAGGAGGAGGGGACGCCUGCGGCCGAGGCGCCCAAGGCCAAGCCCAAGCCCAAGCCCAAGGCCGAGUGCAAGGCCAAGGCCGAGCGCAAUAAGAAAACAUUGAAGACUGCGGUGACAAGGCCAGCUGGCUACGGCACCCACUACGUGGAGACGUGCUACAAGGCGUCCUGCAGCAUCGCCGUGCGCCAGAAGUUCGAGCCGAAGCGGCAGGUGGCAUCCAGCGGGGGCGCCCGCUACAAGGACUGCGACGUGGAUGCCAUGCGGGCCGUCGGCCGCGAAGCAGUGGCCUUGAUGGAUAAGGGCGAGCUUGACGAGGAGGGCGCAGCGUCGUGGAUGACCAG